AUGAUCCAUACCACUUCCAAACAAGAUAAAAAGUGCCCAUCAUUCGAAAUUUUUGAGGUUAUCACUGCUUAACAAUUGACUGUUGAAAAAAUCUAAAUAAUAAAUGGUGAUUUGAUACUUGGAUUUUCUAAAUCUGAACAACAUGUGAAAAUUUGGAGUGUUUCAAAGAGAUAAGCUGUUUUUGAGCAUUUUUUUAAUUAAAAGAAAGUGAAUGAAUUGUUGAUUAUAUAAAAUUAAAAUGAUUUGGUAGCUUUUGGUUUUUUGGAUAAAUAGGUUUAAAUUUGGAGUAUAAAAUCAGAAAUUGGAUUCUCUUUGCAGUAGGAAUUAAGCUAUGAAUAAUAGAUUCGGAAGAUUAAGCUAUCCAAUAAUGCUUUUUAACUUGGAAUAUUGCAUAGUAAUGAAUAAAUCAGAUAAUUAAGUAAAGAUUAAUUAUCAUCAAAUAUUCUCUAUUAAUCUUAAUAGCAUAUUGAAGAUUAUUGCUUUUUUCAAAAUUAAACUUUCCUUGCAAUAAUGUAAAAGAGAGGGUUUGUUUCAAUAUUUUCAAUAAAAUCUUAAAAAGUAAUAAAGUAAUGGAAUGCACAUCAAUAAGGCUAAUGUACUAUCGAUGGUAUUGAUAAGGACUAAAUCAUCGUGACUUAGGCAAAAGAUUAUUCAAUAAAGCUUUGGAACAUGAGAAGUUAUAGUUUGUUGAGAGUGAUAGAUUGUAGAAAAAUUUCAUUAUCUUAAUAUGAUAUAUACAAUAACACUUUGUUGAUGUCAACUUUUAAGCCAUCAUUAGAUAUCAUAAGUCUAAAAACGGGUAAGAUGAUUUAAAGUUUAGAAGUUGAUUAUCCAAUAUUGAAAAUAGAAAUAGAAUUUGAAAGUAAUCUAAUUGCAAUUUUAGACUAUGAAUUUUAGAUAAUAUUAAUAAGAAAAAAAAAAUAUUGA